AUAUUUAUUGCUAUGUGCCAAGACGUUGUGACCUUGGGGAUAAAGUAGUAAAGAAAACACAAAAAUCUCUGUUGUAUUGGGUUUACAUUCUAUCAAUAAAGAUACAACUUGCCUAGAGAAAAGGCCUCUACUGGUUAGGAAACAGUAUGAACAAUUAACAGCUCUGGUGGUUUCACAGAGCCACAGUGGGCUGCCUGCUGCAGACAGUUUGUUUAUAUUUAAAUAUUCUUUUAAUAUUUCUAUUUUUGUCCAUGUAUUAUAACGCACAUGUAUGUAAUUCGCAAAUUAUCACUCAUAUAUAUACAUCAUAUCAAAAGGUGUAAAAGUUUUUGAUAGAAUUCAGCAUUCAUUCGCUUAUAAAAUGAGUGCAGGCUCACUUUACUGAUGAGAGUAUUUCAUCAAAAAAAUUGGGGAUCUACAACUCUAGAGUUCUCCGAAGUCCACCAAGGAAAAAGUAACUCGAAUUUAAUCGCACUUAAAACUAUAUAGUAUCCACUUCUAAUACAUUAGCAACAUAGGAAAACUUACACAGCAGAAGAGAUGACUGGGGAAAUUUUUUUUUUUUUUUUUUUUUGAGACGGAGUCUCGCUCUGUCGCCCAGGCUGGAGUGCAGUGGCGCGAUCUCGGCUCACUGCAACCUCCGCCUCCCGGGUUCACGCCAUUCUCCUGCCUCAGCCUCCCGAGUAGCUGGGACUACAGGUGCCCGCCACCAUGCCCGGCUAAUUUUUUGUAUUUUUAGUAGAGACGGGGUUUCACCAUGUUAGCCAGGAUGGUCUCGAUCUCCUGACCUCGUGAUCCGCCCGCCUCGGCCUCCCAAAGGGCUGAGAUUACAGGCGUGAGCCACCGCGCCCGGCCUUUUUUUUUUUUUUUUUUAAGACAUAGUCUCGCUCUGUCGCCCAGGCUGGAGUGCAGUGGCGCGACCACCGCUUACUGCGGCCUCGACCUCUCGGACUCCAGUUAUCCUCCCACCUCAGCCUUCCAAGUAGGUGGGACCACAGGCACCACCACGCCAAGCCCGUAUAUGGUUUCUAAAUAACACAAAUUGCAAAAAACGUUGCCAGACAGCGUUCGCUGGUUUGGGCCGUCACUGGGAAUGGCUAGUGUCCGUCUAGAUAUUCAGAGGCCGAGCACAGUCCUCAGUAGAGCUGCUUGGCGGGUACACAGCUGACGCUGGUCCUUGGGCUUAUGGGAGUGGGAACGACUUUCAACUCGGCCGUGGACCAGGAAGGCAUUCUGACCCGCUAGAGCUCGGAGACAGGGACCCCAUCCCGGUGCCUAGAGCGUCUCACUUAGUUGGCGUGGGCCAGCGACAGUUACCUCACGAGCACUGACCUAGCGCCUGCGCCUUUCUGUACUUCUCGCUCGCUUUUCAAGUCACUGCUUCCCGGCGAGCCUGCCCUCCCGCCAAUCGUCAUUUCCGGCGGGUGCUCUGCGUCAUUUACGCCGUCACUUCCUGCCGAUACCGGUGUGGACGGUGUGAAUCGUGGCUGGCCCGGUUCUCCGCUUCUCCCCAUCCCCUACUUUCCUCCCUCCCUCCCUUUCCCUCCCGCGUCGACUGUUGCUUGCUGGUCGCAGACUCCCUGACCCCUCCCUCACCCCUUCCUAACCUCGGUGCCACCGGAUUGCCCUUCUUUUCCUGUUGCCCAGCCCAGCCCUAGUGUCAGGGAAGGGGCCUGGAGGAGCCCGAGGCGCUGCAGCAGAAGAGAGAAAAGACAACGACGACCCUCAGCUCGCCAGUCCGGUCGCUGGGUUCGCCGCCGCCAUGGCAAUGAGACAGACGCCGCUCACCUGCUCUGGCCACACGCGGCCCGUGGUUGAUUUGGCCUUCAGUGGCAUCACGCCUUAUGGGUAUUUCUUAAUCAGCGCUUGCAAAGAUGGUAAACCUAUGCUACGCCAGGGAGAUACAGGAGACUGGAUUGGAACAUUUUUGGGUCAUAAAGGUGCUGUUUGGGGUGCAACACUGAAUAAGGAUGCCACCAAAGCAGCUACAGCAGCUGCAGAUUUCACAGCCAAAGUGUGGGAUGCUGUCUCAGGAGAUGAAUUGAUGACCCUGGCUCAUAAACACAUUGUCAAGACUGUGGAUUUCACGCAGGAUAGUAAUUAUUUGUUAACCGGGGGACAAGAUAAACUGUUACGCAUAUAUGACUUGAACAAACCCGAAGCAGAACCUAAGGAAAUUAGUGGUCAUACUUCUGGUAUAAAAAAAGCUCUAUGGUGCAGUGAGGAUAAACAGAUUCUUUCUGCUGAUGACAAAACUGUUCGACUUUGGGAUCAUGCUACUAUGACAGAAGUGAAAUCUCUAAAUUUUAAUAUGUCUGUUAGUAGUAUGGAAUAUAUUCCUGAGGGAGAGAUUUUGGUUAUAACUUAUGGACGAUCUAUUGCUUUUCAUAGUGCAGUAAGUUUGGACCCAAUUAAAUCCUUUGAAGCUCCUGCAACCAUCAAUUCUGCAUCUCUUCAUCCUGAGAAAGAAUUUCUUGUUGCAGGUGGUGAAGAUUUUAAACUUUAUAAGUAUGAUUAUAAUAGCGGAGAAGAAUUAGAAUCCUACAAGGGACACUUCGGUCCUAUUCACUGUGUCAGAUUUAGUCCUGAUGGAGAACUCUAUGCCAGUGGUUCAGAAGAUGGAACAUUGAGACUAUGGCAAACUGUGGUAGGAAAAACAUAUGGCCUUUGGAAAUGUGUGCUUCCUGAAGAAGAUAGUGGUGAGCUGGCAAAGCCAAAGAUUGGUUUUCCGGAGACAACAGAAGAAGAGCUAGAAGAAAUUGCUUCAGAGAAUUCAGAUUGCAUCUAUCCUUCAGCUCCUGAUGUUAAGGCCUGAGCAUCAAUCAUAUGUUGCAGUUAGUAUACAACUGACUAAAACAAGCAAGCAGAGAAAAGCAUCAGCCUUCCAGAGUUACUCUCUGCUUAAGGCAGAAACAGCAGUAAAUAAUGAGGAAAAUGAAUUAGCUCCAGUGCUGGAACAACUAACUAACUUGGUGUUACCUGUAAGUGAAAACUCAAGUGUCAGAUGAAGGGAGGUGGAGUUAUCCUCUUAUAGUACAGUGGCCUGUUAUCGUUUUAAUGAAUACAUACAAGCCAACAUCCAAUUUCUAUUAUUACAAUUAGGGUUCUUGUAGCUGUUUAUGUUAUUAUGGAGAAGAAAACUAUAUUGGCUUAUUUUUCUGAUCUUAAAGCAGAAUGCCUUUUUUUUUUUUGCUUCAGUUGUAAAGAAGAGGGAAUACAUGAUAAAGUAACUGGUUUGAUUUCUCUUUCAUUGUACACUGCUUCUGAACAUCUAAUUGUUUUUAGUUGUCUAAAUAAAAUGCCUCUAAAACAAAA